AUGGAUUCUCGGAACCUGAUAGAAAAAGAGGGUACCCAGAAAAUCUCUAUUUCUGAUCAAAUAAACAGCUUACAGUACACAAGCACGAAAUCUGAUAGCUUUGUAGUGGAUAUGGAACGUUUCUCUCACCUCACCAAUAAAGCCAUCGCACCAAACUCAAGAAUCACUUUGCAGAGAAGCCUUUCAAGAAAAAUUUCACAGCAAGGCGAUGAGAGGAAGAUUAAUUCAGGUGCUGGCAAUGAAAAAGACACCAGUGUUGUUGCUAGCUCUUCAACAAAAGCUGCUUUAGUUGCGGUUGGGAUGCCUGAAAAACCCAUGGUUGUGACAGUGGGGGCCACCGAUCAUCCCAUCAACCCCCAAGUCCAUCAUCAAAUCACCAUCAUGACUGGCAACAUAAGCACCCCUACUGCCGAAAGCAAAAGUGGUGGCCGGAGAUUCAGCUUCAGGCGCUCCUCUCCCUCUUGGGCCAUUGACCCCAGGAGGAUCCUUUUGUACUUUGCCACCUUUUCAAGCAUGGGAACCAUAUUACUAAUCUACUUCACUCUCUCCAUGGGCAAGCUGAGUGGGGAUGACAAUGCUCUCAAUUGGUAACACCACCACAUAGCUGUGGUGGUACAAGCUAGGUAAGUUGGUCCAUUACUGGCUGGUUCUGGACUGAAUAGGCAUAACAGAGUAAUCAAUUCCCCCGUUCUUGAUAGAUUUCCUCUCUCUCUCUCUCUCUCUCUCUCUCUCUCUCUCUCUCUCUCUCUCUCUCUCUCUCAAACUAUCUAUCAAUUGAUUUGAAAAUAGUGGGGAGAGAGAGAAACAUGAUAUGAAGGAAUUUAGCUUGAUAAUGGUGAAAGUUCUUCAUUUCGAGCUAAUAAUGACUUCUUCCAGUAAAGCCCAUGAGACAGGAUU